AUCCUUCUGGCAUGGGGACAUCCCCUGUGCAUGAGCAAUGCAGCCUGGGGGGCUUCAUUGUGCAUGGCUGCUGUGGGUCUCAGGAGAGCUGGGCUGGCUCUGGGUAUGGUCCCUGCACCAGCAGGAGCUCAGACCCCUUGCAAUCCCCAAUGCGAUGUAGUGGAGCCAGGCCCAUCUGCCCCUUGCAUAUGGCAGAAAUCAGCCCCAGUCUCCCCGCCCCAGCCCCAUCUCCCUGUGGUCCCCACGGAGGUGCCGUAGGUCUGGGGGGCACCCUGCUCCCCACCCCCCACAGCCCUGGGAAGGCAAAGCCAGCCUGCCACUGGCUUGAAUGGGUGGGAGGGCAAUGAGGGACAGAGCCAGCACCCCAUAAGGAGCAAGGAGCGGGUGCCUGAUGGACGUCCCUGCAGCCAGACAGUCGAAUCCCAGCUGGGGUGGGUGGACGGAUGGGGAGAUCGUGUGAUGUGUGUGGGGAUGGAGCUGGAGAGAGAGAGAGACAGCAGUGUGAGGCAGAUGGAUGGACUGAUAGACAGAGUGCGUGUGUAUGGGGUGGAGGGAUAGGUAGACUGAGAUGUGUACAGACAGACAGACAAAGUGAUGUGUAUAGGGAUGGACAGACAGAGAGAUGGAUAGAGUGAGAUGGAUGGAUAGGUGCGUGGAAAGAAGGUAGGCAAGCAGGUGGAUAGAUAGAUAGAUAGAUAGAUAGAUAGAUAGAUAGAUAGAUAGAUAGAUAGAUAGAUAGAUAGAUAGAUAGAUAGAUAGAUAGAUAGAUAGAGUGGUACGUAUGGAGACGGAUGGAUGGACAGACAAUGAUACAGAUGGAUGGAUAGAUAGACAGAAAAUGUGGCGUGUACAGGGAUGGAUGGAUGGAUAGAGUGGCACAGAUGGAUAGGAGGAUGGUAGACAGGCAGGCAUGCAAAGUGGUGUAUAUGGGGAUGGAUGGAUAGACAGAGGGACAGGCAGAAAGACAGAGGGGAAUGGAUGGAUUGCUGGAUAGGUAGGUAGGUAGAUAAAAUGGGAUGUCUGGAUGGAUAGACAACAUAGUAUGCAUGGGGGUAGAUAGAUAGAUAGAUAGAUAGAUAGAUAGAUAGAUAGAUAGAUAGAUAGAUAGAUAGAUAGAUAGAUAGAUAGAUAGAUAGAUAGAUAGAUAGAUGGGAUGGGUGGACAGACAGACAUGCAGAUAGAUGAAGUGGUGUGUAUGACGAUAGAUAGUUAGAUGGAUGAACAGACAGACAGAUGAAUGGAUGGACUGCAGGCGAGUGGACGGACAGACGGGCUCCGCAUGCCCGGGGCUCCUAGAGGAGGAUCACACCGUGCCCCCUUCCCCUGACCCAGCCCAGCUCCCUCCCCGGCCUUGGUGGCUCUGGCCCAGCUCCGAACAAUGUGGAGCUUAGCCCUUCCCGCGGCCCCGUCUCGGUCGGCAGCGUGUGAAGCCCGGUGCGGUAACCUAGUUUCUGCCUCACAAGGAGCUUUCUGUCCUGGCCGAAUGGCAAGCGCAGGGGGUCGUUUCACCCCCCACCACACACACACACACACACACACACACACACACACACACACACACACACACACACACACUUCCCAACCAUUGGCUCCUCAAACGCUGGGCUGGAGGUGGGGGGAACUAGAGGGGGUGUUUCCAUGCCCUGCUCUGCUCUGCUCCCGAAGCACUGGGGAGGCUGGAGCUCAUGGUAGGGCCCCGAUCCUCCUUCAUUCCCUUCUGGCCAGCAAGUGGCACCUCCAGGAGGGGUAAACAAGAGAGGAACCAACUCUGGGCUGUAUAAAAAAGACAGCUGGGGGCCCUUUUUAGGCCUAUGUAAGCCCCCUGAGGGUGCCCACCCCGUUCUGCCCAUGGGCUGGGAGGCCACCUGGCCCUGGGGUCCAUCAACUGGAUCCUCCAAAGACUUAAGAGUAAAGCCCCAACCUCCUUGGUGCUGAGAGACUUGGCCUUCCAGUCCCCUGCACAAAGCACGAGACCCCCCACCCUCCCCCGAAUCCAGAAUUGGACCCAGGGGUCCCCCACUUGAGCGGGUCCAGACAUAGAUCUCAGGUGUCCGGCCCCGAGCCACACUGGAAGCUGGGCUGCUCCCCGCUUGGCUGUGCGGAUCUGGAGACGCCCCCGGAGCUGCCGGGACUCGCCCGGGGAGGCUGGAGUUUCUGGUUCCCCGAAGCACGGGGAGCUACCCUCCGCGCUCCGCCCCAGCCCAGCCCCAGCUGCUGCCAGGCUCAGUGCCAGGGACCCACGGGGAGGGGAAGGAAGCAGAGCUGGGGCCCUGCACAGACUGAGCCCGGGCCCAGUGGAUGCACAGACCCAUUUCCCAUGGGUGCUGAGCCCCGAGCCAUGGGACUGAGCCGCCUGCCGGUGAGCAUGCCCACAUAUCGGAGCUGAUUCUGCACCCUGGAGAGCGCCCACACUCCCGCCGCGAUGCACGCCCGUGCCCUCUGCCUGCUGUGGGGCCUGGCAAUCUCCACCGCGGCCCUUGGCCCUGAUCCAGCGCCUCGUGUUGCCUUCCAGUGGGGAGACCCACGCAGGAUCCUGCCCCACUUCAGUCUCCGGGGUGUCUCCAACUACGACGUUCUGCUGCUGAGCAAGGAUGAGGACACGCUGUACGUGGGUGCCCGGGACACCAUCCUCUCUCUUGGGGUGGACAGCACAGGCACCAUGGCAUUCAAGAACUUGAUCCCCUGGGCCCCCACGGACGAGAAGAAGCAGGAGUGUGUUUUUAAGAAGAAGAGCAAUCUGACUGAGUGCUUCAACUUCAUCCGUGUCCUGGUGCCACUGAACCAGACACACCUGUACGUCUGUGGGACCUACGCUUUCAGCCCCACCUGCAGCUACGUGAGUCUGGACACCUUCACGCUGGUUUCCGGUGCUCAGGGACAGCCCCUGUUGCUGGAUGGCAAGGGCCAGAGCCCCUUCAAUCCCCAGCACACAUACACGGCAGCGCUGGUGGAUGGGGAGCUCUACACAGGUACCAUGAACAACUUCCAAGGCAAUGAGCCCAUUAUCUCCCGUGCCCUGAGCAACCGGACCCUGCUGAAGACUGAUGCCUUCCUCCGCUGGCUGCAGGCUGACGCAGCCUUCGUAGCCUCCUUCAGCAUCCCCCAUGACGACAAGGUCUAUUUCUUCUUCGAGGAGACAGCCAACGAGUUUGACUUCUUCGAGGGGCUCACGGUGCCACGGGUGGCGCAGGUCUGCAAGAGCGAUGUGGGGGGUGACAAGGUGCUGCAGCGGAAGUGGACAACAUUCCUGAAGGCGCAGCUGUCCUGUGCCCAGCCCGAGCGCUUCCCCUACAAUGUGAUCCACCACGCUGUGGCCCUGCCUCAGCCAGCCGGCGGCACCGUCUUCUAUGGGGUCUUCUCUUCCCAGUGGGAGAUGGGGGCCACGGGUGGUGCGGCCGUGUGUGCCUUCAGCCAGCCUGCAAUCAAGGAGGUUUUCAACGGCAAGUACAAGGAGCUGAACAAAGGGAGCUUGCGCUGGACCACCUACAGUGAGCCGGUCAUGGUGCCCCGACCUGGCAGUUGCUCAGUGGGGCCAUCAUCAGACAAGACCUUGAACUUCAUGAAGGAGCAUUUCCUCAUGGACGGGAAGGUGGAGCCCAUGGGCCUGCGCCCGCUGCUAGAGAAGCAGGAUGUGACCUACACGCGCCUUGCGGUGCACCAGGUCCCCAGCAUCUCCGGUACCCAAUACCCCGUCCUCUUCCUGGGCACAGACCAGGGGCUGCUGCACAAGGCGGUGGUGCUGCCUGGUGGGACCCACAUCAUCGAGGAGAUCCAGCUGUUCCAGGAGCCUGAGGCUGUGAGAAACCUCCUACUGUCUCCUGCCAAGGGCAUGCUGUACGUGGGCUUCGCCCGUGGGGUCCUACAAGUGCCUGUGGCCAACUGCAGCUUGUACCAGAGCUGCGCUGACUGCAUCCUGGCCCGUGACCCCUUCUGUGCCUGGGACAGCCUCAGCCAUGCCUGCCGGGAGACCCGCGCCGGGGCUAAUGUCACGCACUGGCUGCAGGAUGUGGAGAUGGGCUUCCCAAAUGACACAUGCCCGCAGUCCAGGCCCAAGGGCAGGGCCAUCGGCCGGUCCCAGGAUGGUGUGGACAGCAACGUGAUGAAGACUCUGAGCCCCGCGCCGAACACGGUGCUUCGCCUGCCUUGCCCACGGCUCUCCGCCCUGGCCAACUAUAACUGGCGCUAUCCAGAGCAGCGCCCCAGCGAGGGGGUGGCCGUGCUGGCCGACCAGACGCUGGUGCUUAUUGCACAGAACCGCACAGCCGGUACUUACGAGUGCUGGGCCAGUGAGAACGGGUACAGCCGGCCUGUGGCCCGCUACGUGGUGCAGCAGCCCCGUGGCGGUGCCGGGCACCCUGGGUACCACAGCAGGGUAGAUGGCAUUGCCGAGGAGGGGGUGGAACCGCUGUCCCCACACCGCUCCUACUGGCCCCAGUUUGUGACGGUGACAGUGCUGCUGGCCGUGACACUCGUCGGGGCCGUGGCCGUGGCUCUGGUCUCCUACCAUGACCGACUCAAGGCCAAGAGCAAGGUGCAGGGCUGCAGCUCCCCUCCAGCCACCAAAGCCUCGCAGCAGGAGAAGGUACCGCUCAGCGGAGCCGGGGGCGACUUCCAGUUCCCGACGUCCUACCAAGACGGGGCCUGCUGCCUUCAGAUGGACGGGAUCUCCCAGGCCAUCGAUGCUGACAACAACCGCCUCAGUGCUGGACCGGGCCUCAUGGACGGGGCACCAGGGGCAGCUGCAGGGAAGGCGUAGGCAAAUGGGCAUGCCUACCCUGAGCCCCGGCCCCUGCCCUUGCCCCUGCCCAGCUCCCAUCAAGAUCAACAGUGUUGGGAGAAGGAGAGACCCUACAAUAACAUGCCGCUUUGCCCAGCUCCCAACCAAGAGCCAGUGGUGGGCACAUGCCAUCCAGCUGCGAGCACAUCUGCCCCUUGAGAUCCCCCAGGGUGGCAGGAGCCAUUCCUGCUGCACCUGCUGUGAUGCCCCAGGAGCUGGGGGCUGCUUGGGCCCGGGUGCUGUGUUGCUGGCAUCCAGACUGCAAGGCCAGGCUGGUCCCAGCCAGACCAUGACGUGGCAGUGCCCUGUGUGUUUCGUUGUCCUCUACUGCAUGGAAAUCAGUGCUGUCCUACUGUGUGUUGUAAGCCCAAUACAGCUGGCAAGUAGUGGUGAUUCCCCUCAGGCUCCGGCCAGUGCAGGCCUGGGGCCCAGGACAGCUGCCCCACUGUCCGCGGAGCAGUGCAGGAAGGUCUUGGACUUGGGAGCAACUCUUAGACUGAGAUCCUGGAAGGUUUGUAGGCGCCAAACUUCCCCGCCGGGGCUGCCGGGUGCCUCAUACCUCCCGCAGGCUGCACAACACCUCCGGCACAGGGGAGAGGGCAUGAGUGGG